AUGACAUAUAGAUGGCAUGAGCCCCCCGCGUGGCCUGCGAGGCUCGCCCGUCUCCCUCAUCCCGGGGCACCUCGGGGCCCCCCGACGGCUUCCCCGACCCGGCUCGGCCCCGCCGCCUGCCCCGGGCUGUGCCUCCCGCCCGAGCCCGGACUCGUCUCCACCCGCGCUUCCUCUAACGCGAUCCCGGCCAGCGCCCGCCGACUCCGGAGCCCUCGGCCCGCGCCGCGGCCCCUUCCCGCGGCCGGCCAGCCCGGCGGGCGCACUGACGGACGAGGGACGGGCGGCGGGAGGGCCGGACGGGCCGCGGCGGACUCACCGCGCGCGGGCUCCGCUCCGGCCAGGGCCGCUCCGUCAUGGCGGCGCCUCGGCUGGCGAGCGAGCCCUGCCGCCGCCGCGCGGACUACAACUCCCAGAACCCCGCGCGCCGCGGGCGACCGCCAUUGGCUCGGAGGGGCGCACAGAAUCGUCCCCGAGCGUCACGCGCCACGGGCCCCCUGGCGGGGAAGGCGGGGUCGUAACGCACGGGACUUCGCCGACCAAUCGGAAGCCGCCCGGAAUAGGUCCUUCGCCCCCACGGUGCCCCAGAGUUACCCUGGAGGGAUUCGGUCGCCACGGCAACGGGGCACGCCGCGGCGCAGCGACGUGAGGAUGGUGCGGGGUGACUGGCCUCCUGCUUCCACAGCGCAGCAGCCAAGCCCUGGUGUCCCUGAGUUCUCCGUUCGCCUGCACCCCACCUGUACCCUGGAAGGUUUUCCGAUUGAGAGUCAGGCGCCCGUCCUUGGACCACAUUCAGAGGGUUCCAUUGAAGUGCUUUUCAACUGGCCUGACAGGAAAGAACACGGUGCUCCCCUUUGGGGGUUGGGGGCCCAGCACCCCAACACUUCCCUCAAAGCCUGAGUUCCAGGAUCCAGCCAGGUCCACCAGCAGGGAGAUCAUCGCGAUGUACCCUUUAAAUACCUCACAAAUUUAUUUGUCAGUUAGACAUCAGCAAAGUUAGAAGAAAGAAGAAGAAAUGAAUGAAUCAGUACAUGGAAUAUGUGGAAUGCUCAUGGGAUCCUCCCUCCCUGCAGCUGGCCUCCUUACCAUCACAUGGCAGGCAGGACCCUAUGUCUCCCACAGACAUGAAGAAAUGUCUUCUGUGUCCCAAGGAGCAGUACCCAAGCCAGGCCAGAGUCCACUGCCCGCCCAGGAUGGACACCUUCCUGGUCUUUGACGAGCCCCUGGGGUUGAUGCUGACCUCAGUGAUGCUCACGUUGGCCAGCCUGACCAUGUUAUUCCUAGUGAUGUCCCUGAGGCAUCGGGACAUGCCCAUGAUCAGGGCCAACGACAGGGCUCUCAGCCGCAUGCUUCUCACCUCCCUAACUCUGCCCCUCUGCCCCUCGCUCUUCCUCAGCCGUCCCACCCCUGCCACCUUCCUUCUCCACCAGACAACCUUUGCUGUCAUGUUCACCGUGGCCAUUUCUCCAUCUUGGCCAGACUGUGGUCCUGGCCUUCAGAGUCACCAGGCCUGGCAACAGGGCUUCAGGUAUACUGUGCCUCCACCCGGGUUGUCCUCAUCACCUGAUGAUGCGAGUAUUUCUCUGUGGGGUCCGGCUGGGCAGCUUCCUACCGUUCCCUGACAGGGACAGCCUCAGAGUCCAGCCACGUUGCCAGGGGGCACUGUGCUGACAGCUCAGAGCCUGGAGCCUGCUUCGGAUCUGUGUCUCCCGUUCCCUCUGCCCCUCCCCCCCUCUCAAAAAUAAAUAAACAUUA